AUGGCCUUCAAAAAUGGGCUGAGUGAACGCCUCGAUGAGCUGCGAUUCCCCUCUCCGCGAUCUCCUCCCUCCGAGUCUACCUUCCCCGGCUAUAAUCCGCUUUCCCCAGGCCAUUCGAGCUUCGCCCCGGCGUUUUCGCGGCCGUCAGGCGAUGUGCGCGCCAACCUUCAGCGACGAUUCACUACGGACUCGAGUAAGCUCUCGUCUUGGAGCUACUUGAACAAUGUGGGAAGCUCGUCUCACAUCGCUGAUCCGCUGGAUUUGCUGUCAUCGUUCGAGAAGAAGCGUCAGCAUAUAGAGUACAUGCGGGAGCAGAGGAGACGUUUCGAGGAAGAUAUGAAACUCCUGGACUUGCAGCACGAGAAAGAGAAGCAGGAGAUGGACCAGCUGGCUAGAGAUCUGGCCAAAGCGGGGUUGUCGGGCCCCGUCAGCGAGCCGACAACUCCCCCAGAAUACCGUGAAAAUGCCUUUGCUGGUGCAUUCACUCGUCCCACCCGCUUCUCAACCUCGAGCGUGACCUCUUCUCCCGGCUUCUUCAAUGUCUUUGCUCCCUCCCAAGUGACCUCUCCUCCCAGCCAAGCAAGCCACAGCUCUGUCCAGACCCCCACCAAUCGCUUCUCUGUGCACUCGGUUCCUGGCUCUCGUAGAAACUCUGAGAAGGAGGACUUUAGUCAAGAAACUGCUUCUCCUUUUCGUCCUGGACCUUCGAUUCACCGCUAUUCAAUGCCUGCCUCUGGCUUGGGUUCUCAGAUUCGUCCUAAUAUCUCUGCUUUCAGCAAUAACACAGGCCUGGAGUCCUUUUCCGCAGCCAAAUACCUACUUCAGAACGAGGAUGACAGAGCAACUGUGACCGAAGACGAUCGAAUCCCUACUCCGGACAUCAAGAGCUACCUCAAACUGACCGAUCCUGACGACAAGUUUCCCACCCUGUCACGCAGGGACGAUUCAGGCUUGCUUUCUGCAAACUCUGAUGCCCUGGACCUGGCAAACUCACGUACUCCAAAUCCAGAGACUUGGAACGCACAUAGUCGUCAUCGUUCUUCCCAUCAGAGCAUGCCACAGAACGCUUUGAACAUGUUCCGUCUUGAUCAGCUCGGUAGCUCGACGGGCGAACCCCACUCUCAAGCGUCGUCUACUCCACGUCACAUUGCUAGACACUCCCUCGAGGCAAAUCUUCACUAUAACAACGAGGUAGGUAACGCAACUGUGGGUCAAGCUGGUUCCAGCCGUCCCAUGUCUUUGCAGACUUCAUACUCCACAAACGAUGUACCCACUGUCAAGGGCGACACUUUCAAUCCUGCAAUCACCCCUCCAAAGACCCACGUGGACCAAUUUAAGCAGCACACUUCCACCAUGGGCAGGAUCCCAGCGAAUGCCACCAAUGGUCCGCAGAAGGACAUGCUGCAGCAUGACGAUACGAAGCCACAGAGCACCUUGUCCCAGCCAACCACGUUGCAGGCUAGCGCUCCUCCUUUUGGCCCCCAGCUCACCACUGGAACAGCUCCCAAUAACGUGGGUGCCCCCGCUGUGAACACUUUCCCGCCUCCCUUCUAUGGUUAUGGCAUUCAGGGAUACCCAGUUCCCGUCAACGGUCAGCUUCAAAACUUUAAUUCGGCGGCUGCCUCCUAUGGUGCAUACCCUCCUUACGCUGGAUUCCGUUUGGCAGAAGGUCAGGCGAAAAGCGCCGCUCCUCGCAGAAACGGUGAUACGGAAUCGAGCCAAUUAUCUCGCUUUACCAACUUUCCACUCGAGCAUUAUCGAGGCGAGUUGUACAGCCUCUGCAAGGAUCAACAUGGUUGCAGGUAUUUGCAAAGAAAGCUGGAGGAGCGCGACCCGGAGCACGUUCAGCUGAUAUUCGACGAAACCCACUUGCAUGUCGUUGAACUGAUGACUGACCCCUUCGGCAACUACUUAUGUCAGAAGCUGCUUGAAUAUUCCAACGAUGACCAGCGGACUGCUCUUAUUAACAACGCUGCGCACCAGCUUGUAAAGAUAGCUCUCAAUCAACACGGAACUCGGGCGUUGCAGAAAAUGAUUGAGUUCAUCUCCACCGCCGAGCAAACUCAGACUGUGAUUCAGGCUUUACGCGAUCAUGUUGUGGAGCUAGUUCAGGAUCUUAACGGCAACCACGUCAUUCAGAAAUGUCUCAAUCGUCUUUCUGCAGAGGACGCGCAGUUCAUUUACGAUGCAGUUGGUGGCAAUUGUGUCGUCGUUGGGACCCACCGUCAUGGCUGCUGUGUGCUUCAGCGUUGCAUUGAUCAUGCUUCGGGUGAACAGAGAGCCCGUCUGAUUGCACAGAUCACUAGCAAUGCCUUCGCUUUGGUUCAGGAUCCAUUUGGAAAUUACGUUGUGCAGUACAUCCUGGAUCUUGCCGAGCCUCAUUUCACGGAGCCCCUCUGCCAGUCUUUCCGCGGCAAUAUCCCGGCGCUUUCGAAACAGAAGUUCAGCUCCAAUGUUAUUGAGAAGUGUCUCCGCACGGCGGAUUUCCAGAUCAAACGUCAGAUGAUUGAUGAAAUGUUGGUCGGAGUUGAGCUUGAAAAGAUGCUUCGCGAUUCGUUUGCCAAUUAUGUCGUUCAGACCGCGAUGGACUUCGCCGACCCGGAAACCCGAGGCCGCAUCGUGGAUGCAAUUCGCCCAAUCCUGCCUUCGAUUCGCCAGACACCCCAUGGCCGCCGAAUUGCUGGAAAGAUGAUGGCCGCCGAGGGCUCUGGAAGAGGGAGCGCUGCAACCAGCGGACAGGUCACUCCGAACGAAAUGAACUCUACCCAGCUUCCCGGUCCCCUGCAAGGCCCACAGAAGCCUUUCUUGUAUCAACACAACUCGUUCCCUGCCCCUGCUGUUGGAACACAUUUCGCGACACAGAAUUUUGUGCCUGCCACUGGAUCUGGAUCUGCCUCGAAUACCGCGUCUGGCGGCGCCAGCGAGAAUUCAUCCAGCAUUUAUACCCCUGCUGCUCAGCAGCCGAACGGCAACCUCGGGGCCCAGAGUCAAUUGUACGCUUACUUUUAA